UGAUAAGCACCGCUUAUAGCAACGCAGUGCUCGUGUCAAUUAAUUCGGAUGAUUUCAAGAACAUCAGAUAGCCGCAAAAGACGUGAACAUAUACUUAAUUUGUUUUUAAUUCGACGCCACAAAACAAAAACGCGUUAUGUAAGAAGGGGGGCGCCUUCCCGGGCUUUCGCGAAUAGCGUACAUCUGAGAUUAGCCCUUAACUCGAGCAGUUUUCCUUAUGUCAUUAAAAUCUUGCGUUUUUAGAGCUAUGACAGCAGAGCUUCGCAACGAGCAAUCAAACUAACCUAUUUUUAUGACCUGGUUUAUUUGCGUUUCAUCACGUUGCAUAUUGUAUCUGCGUGAGGGGCGGAAGCUAGUCGCGGCGGCCAUUUUACAGCUAGUUAGCUGUUCCAACCUCCGGCGGACAAGAUGCCCACCGUUAAACUCGUUGUAUUUUCUUGUAGCUGUAGUCUCUACGUGGCUGUACGGCACUAAAAACUCAGGCAGGACUGCUCCUGACUCAAGAACAGAGUGAGCCUGCGGCAGGCAACCCUUCAAGUUUCUUUGCAAGAAAGCGGUGCUCGUAGAGCAACGCUAAGUUUUACUUAACCGGGAAGACGGAAGUCGUCAGGCUGGAGUGCGUCCUGAUGGCCGAGUCAGAGACUGACUGUGACACACCAGGUCUCGAUACGUUGGGAUCUGAGUGUGUCAUAGCCCAUACUCAAGUUGGUGACUUGCAUUAUGGUGCAGAGACUGAGAUUAUGACUCAAGAGGACAAAAGACUUGACCUGGAGGCCAUUCAUGGUGAUUUGGGGGCAGUGACCUGCGUGGAUGUGGUAACAGAGACGGACCAUGACUAUAUUAAAUCUGAAAUACACCACGAUCAUCAUCAGUAUUUCAGCAGUGCAGAAAUAAAAGGCAAUGAGCAUUUGCUCGGUGAGGUGCUGUUAAAGACAGAGAUGGGUGGUGGAGAACAUAUUGUAAAGGUGGAGUCGGACCAUGGAGGGGAGCUUACGGUGGAGUCCGAGAAUGGUAUUAUCAUCCACGAGGCCCAUGGCCUGCAAUGCAGUGAGUGUGGUGAGAUUUUUGACUGCAUGUCUGAUCUGCACGAACACUUUGAAAUCCACAAAGCCACUCACCCCUACAUUUGCGUCCACUGUGGUGAGAGCUUUGCUAUUGAAGCCAGCCUAAGAAGUCACAUGAGGAUUCACAUGAAAGAGAAAAGUUACACCACUGGUCUUGAGAUGGUUGGUAAAGGAGUCAUUGAUGCAUUCAACUUGAAACCGCACCAGAUGAUGCACUCUCCCGAAAAGCCGCACAGAUGUUCGGAGUGUGGUAAAAGCUUCGCUGCCGCCAUCACUCUCCGGGAGCACAUGAAAAUGCAUUCAGAUGACAAACCCUACAAAUGCACCCAAUGCCGAAAAAGCUUUGUGCGCAGACGUCAUCUCAAAAAACACCAAGAGCUGCAUGCCCACGACAAGCCAUUUACAUGUCUUCAGUGCGGGAAAGGCUUUACCACGGCUUCCAACCUUAAACAGCACCAGAAGACUCAUGCUGGUGAAAAGCCGCACAGAUGCACCCAGUGUGGAAAGUGUUUUGCCGCCGCGGCCACGUUGAGGGAGCAUCAGAGAAUCCACUCAGGAGAGAAGCCCUACAAGUGCACCCAGUGUCGAAAGAGCUUCGUCAGGAAACGCCACCUCAAGAAGCAUCAGCUGGUCCAUCAGGGUGGAAAGCCCUACCGGUGUUCUCAAUGCGACAAGGGUUUCAACCAUUCCUCGUCAUUGUCACGGCACCACAAGGUCCACUUGGAGGCCAAAAUGUAUGCCCAGGGCGAUAAGGAUUUCCCCUUUGAUACGUCGAUGAAGAGGGGAAUGCAUGUCGGUGAAAAGCCAUACAGCUGCAACCAUUGUGAGAAGAGCUUCAAUCACUCAUCAUCACUGUCCAGGCAUCAGAGAACUCAUUCUGAUGGAAAGUCCUACACCUGUGCGCAAUGUGGGAAGAGGUUCAAUCACCCCUCAUCUCUCGCGAGGCACCAGCGGGUUCAUUUGGAGGAUAAGUCGACUUACAGUGCUAUUGCUACAGGAAAGGGAUUCCCCCACACUACCAUCUUGAAACAGAGAAUUCUUCAGAGUGAGAAACCAUAUAGGUGCGCUCAGUGUGGAAAGGGUUUCAAUCAUUCAUCCUCUCUGUCUAGGCAUCACAGAAUUCACAUUGACCAAUAAGCUUGUUUCCCUUCCCACCAUAAGUGGUGUCACUCAUCCAAUGAUUCAGGCCAGCUUGUAAUGUUAAAGGGUUUGGCUAAAGAUGCAAGAAAAUCCAGGAAGUCGGUGUGGGCCUGCUCUAAGGGAACUUGUACUAAAAUCAAGUCCUAUGACUUUUUAAUGAGGAGUAAAUUAGAAUUUGGUAUGAUUGACACUGAAAUCCCCUGUGUAAUGUGCACAUGACUAGAUUCAUAUGUAAUUCUGGAACUUGGUGUUUGAUUAAAACCAUAGACAAAACAUAUUGAGAUUCCAUCAUCACUGACUUGUGCUUUAAGCUGGUUUUGGAAGCGUAUCGAAGCCUGGCACAAUCUUGAAAUUGAGUAUUAGGUCAAGUCGGUUGAGUGGCAGACAAUUCAGCAAAUAGUCUAGAUGCAACGAUUCACUCCCCUAGUCUGUAUCUUUUAACCAUCUCUGCAUCAUUAAUGGGUUGAGAAACUGAUAUCAUGUGUAAAUAUAUGUUGAUUUUCUUUUAUAUAGAUAUGUAUAGGUAAGUAGUGCUGUAAUUUUCUGAAAAUGGAGCAUUUUUUUGAUGUAUGAUCCAGUUAGUCUUAUCCAUCUCUUGUCAGUGAAGUGGGAUGGUGCUUUCAGGGGAUGUCGCUAGUUUUGAACAAGCUGUCCUGUUAAAUAUAAAGGCUGUAUUAAUUUAAUAAUCAAACCCUUUACGAUGCAAACCAACGGAGUCUGUAACCUAAAACAGCAUAACUCCAUGAAGUUCGCUCAUGCACAAAGGUGAGGGGCGAGAAAUCUAAUCUUAUACAUCAAGAAAGAAUGGAUCUUGUUCAUCAAGAUCUCGAUCUUGUGCAAGUAAACCCAAUAAAAUCAGGUAAUAUAUACAUUUAUCUGUUGGGAAUUUUGGUUAACUCUUCAUGGGGCCAGUUUUCAAUGGACAACUAAAUUAUAUAGCUGAUUUUGUAAUACAAGUCAAACUUGGUACAGCCUAAGUGUUCCCCUAAAUAUCUCUAGUGCUUCUCCCUGCUACCAGUGGCUGACUGCGCAUUUAAGAUUUUCACAGCCAUUGUUAAACUCGGACAGCAGUGUAUAGAGUAUCAACCUUAAUGAAUAAUAAUAAUAAUAAUAAUAAUAGAUUGUGUAUACUUUAUGCAAAUACAAAAUAUAGCUUGCUUUUUUUUUUUUUUAGUUUGAUCCAUUUUUCUCACGUUAAUCCAUUGGUUUGUGCUUUCUAUUUACAGUUCUGUGUAUGGAGAAAAUCUUUUACAAAUGGAUGUAUUUUUUUAAUAAGGUUUGGGUAAUUGUAAGGGAAAUGAAAGGAAUACUGUUUUUAUGGGAGUGAACAUUGUAUCAGAACUAUUCUCAUUCUUUUCCAUUGGAUAAUAAAUCUGCUUCAUCGCGUAGCAUAGGUUUAUUCAUUGUGUUAGUUAGGUGCCUUAUUGCAUGCCGUGUAGAAAUGUAUGAGCUAUAAUAGAAAAAAAAAUAAGGUUUUGGCUCCCGCUCCCUUUUUGUUUCUUUACAUACUAAUCAAUGUUUUAAUUUGAUUUAUUUUUAUUUUAUUUUAUUUUAUUUUGCUUCUCUGUACAUGAGUGUUUACGCUGUUACUUAUGUCUUUUAAUUUACUGUCAACAAGCCUCUUAUAGAUUAGAGGUUAAAGAAAGUUACAAUGCCAUUGAUCCAUAUGUUGAUUGCCCUCUAUAAUGGUCUAUUCUUGUCCCAUGUGUCUAUUCCCCCAUCUUUGAGUGGCUCACAUAUAUGGAUAAAUAAAGAUUGUUGACUAUCAACAAGUUCA